GCUCCCCGACAGAUGAACUGUGAACACUGCCCAUCAUCCAGUCUACUUAAUCGGCUUCAACUCGACAGCCCUGUGACUUCGGUCUUCGACGCCUAGGCGGCCAGUAUAUACAUUAUUUCGACCUGAACAUCCCCGAUCCGCCUUAAAUGACUGAGACGACGAACAGCCAGAGUCAAGCCACGGAGACACCAGCUGCACCAGCCGCGACGAUGCCAACUGUACAAGCCGCAUCGCCCCCAGUCCAAGAUCAAGCAAGCCCGCCUACUAGCCCGCCAGCUGAUACGCCACAAGUUGCCAGCGAUGUGACUGUUGAGGCAGAUGAAGGAGAGACCACUGACAGUGCGUCAACCAUUGAUGAGCGGAUCUCCAAUUAUACUGCCUCUCUAUCUUCAAGUGUCGUUGAUUAUCCUAUGGAGUACGGCCGACGAUACCAUGCCUUCCGGCCUGGAUGUAUGUUAUGCCGAAUUUGGAUUUUUGCGAAUCAUAUUAGCUAAUCUAUGUAGCCUAUAUCAUGCCGAACGAUGAAGUAGAGAUGGAAAGACUUGACAUGACGCAUGCCAUGAUGGUCAAGGCAAUCAAGAAUAGGGGCUGUGGAGAUUGGCGACAUCUUUGAGAACGCCGA